AUGUUUAAGAGCGGUCUUGCUCGAUUUGCUGCCGGUAGGCGAGUCGGGGCUUCACUGAAAGCUGCCCCGUUACUCCGCAACAAUGCUAUCCCUAAAUCAACUUUCGGAUCUCGUUUGAUGGCUACUGCUGCCGGAAACCAGCUUCAAGGAAAGAUUCAUCAGGUUAUUGGUGCCGUCGUCGACGUGAAAUUCGACUCGGAACAAUUGCCUCCUAUUCUCAAUGCCCUCAACACCGACAAGAACGGCCAAAAGUUGGUCUUGGAGGUUGCCCAGCACUUGGGAGAGAACAUUGUCCGUUGUAUUGCUAUGGACGGUACCGAAGGUCUUGUCCGUGGUCGCGCCUGUAUCGAUACCGGCAACCCCAUCAUGAUCCCAGUCGGUCCCGGAACUUUGGGCCGUAUCAUGAACGUCACUGGUGACCCCAUUGACGAGCGUGGCCCCAUCAAGGCUACCAAGUACGCCUCUAUUCACGCCGAGGCUCCCGAGUUCGUCGACCAGUCCACCACUGCCGAAAUCUUGGUUACUGGUAUUAAGGUCGUCGACUUGCUCGCUCCCUAUGCUCGUGGUGGAAAGAUUGGUCUCUUCGGAGGUGCCGGUGUCGGAAAGACUGUGUUCAUCCAGGAGUUGAUCAACAACAUUGCUAAGGCUCACGGUGGUUACUCCGUGUUCACUGGUGUCGGAGAGCGUACUCGUGAGGGUAACGAUUUGUACCACGAAAUGCAGGAGACCGGUGUCAUUCAACUUGAGGGUGAUUCCAAGGUCGCCUUGGUCUUCGGUCAGAUGAACGAGCCCCCCGGAGCCCGUGCCCGUGUCGCUCUUACUGGUCUUACCGUUGCCGAGUACUUCCGUGAUGAGGAAGGGCAGGAUGUGCUUCUCUUUAUCGACAACAUUUUCCGUUUCACCCAGGCCGGCUCCGAAGUGUCUGCCUUGCUCGGUCGUAUUCCUUCUGCUGUCGGUUACCAACCCACUUUGUCAGUCGACAUGGGUCAAAUGCAGGAGCGUAUUACCACCACCAAGAAAGGAUCCAUUACCUCCGUCCAGGCUGUCUACGUGCCUGCUGACGAUUUGACUGAUCCUGCCCCCGCCACCACUUUCGCCCAUUUGGACGCCACCACUGUGUUGUCCCGUGGUAUUUCCGAGUUGGGUAUCUACCCUGCUGUCGACCCUCUUGACUCCAAGUCCCGUAUGUUGGACCCCAAGAUUGUCGGAGAGGAGCACUACAACACCGCAACCAAGGUUCAGCGUAUGUUGCAGGAGUACAAGUCUCUUCAGGACAUCAUUGCUAUUUUGGGUAUGGAUGAAUUGUCUGAGGCUGACAAGCUCACCGUCGAGCGUGCCCGUAAAUUGCAACGUUUCCUUUCUCAGCCAUUCGCCGUCGCCCAGGUUUUCACCGGUAUCGAGGGUGCUUUGGUCGACAUCAAGGACACCAUCAGAUCAUUCAACGAGAUCAUGAACGGUAACGCUGAUGACCUGCCCGAGGGUGCCUUCUACAUGGUUGGUAGCAUCGAGGCCGCACGAGCAAAGGGUGAGAAGAUGUUGGCUGAGUUGGAGGCCAAUAACUAA